AUGAGAUCAUCUUCUCUCAGUAAAGAAAAACUCGAGGAGUACGAAUCGCAACUCUUUCACUCUGGUCUUAUUGGAGGGCUAGAAGGAACAUUGGGAGGGCUUCUUUCGGGGUUCUAUUUUAAUCACAAAUACAAUUAUGGGGUCAACGCCCGAUUCUUCACACUUCCAAUCAAAAUCUUUUAUGUUAGUUCAUUAUGUGUGGCAGGUAUAGUAUUUUCUACAAACAUCGAAAGGUCCAAGAUUCAGAAAAUGAUGCAGAAGGAACAUAAACUUCGUAGAGAUAUAUUUCUUGAAGAAGAAUUGGGGCGUCCUAAGAAUAAUAAUUGA